GGACCCUGCAGAUUGUUAUGGACCAGGCAUCCAUCAACACAAACGUUGGACACAAGCACACCUUUACGGGGUCUCUGCCAGGGACAAGGAUGUAGGCUAAGAAAGAAACCCCAAAGAAAGUUCAACACAAUAACAAAAAGUUUCGGCAUUGAGCCAUGUCAUUGGCUGCCUAACACUAGACAGGAAAAUUCGAUGGUUUCUGAUGUCAAACUAGAGACAGAUUCCUACUAUAUAUAUGACAAGCAGUAGCGACCGCAUAUUUUCUGCCUCAUCUUCUCAGAUUACAACUAGUUUCAACAAAGGCGACGUAAACACUCACCUGGAGGACAAGAUGAGCGCUUCAGUGGCUGUGUACCGAAAUAUUUACACCGAGGACCGGUUCAGACAGUCGUACGGUACCGAGGACAAGCCCCGUGGAGGUGGUCAACGUUUUCGGGAGAAGAUCGCGGAACGGUGCAGGUGUUCCCGUGCAGCAUGCCUUCACCUGUUGAGGGAACGAAUUCCCAUUUUUAACUGGCUGCCGAAGUACAGGCUGAAAAAAUGGAUGUUAGGUGAUACAAUAGCGGGACUAACAGUCGGUAUACUUCACAUUCCACAAGGUAUGGCCUUUGCCUUACUGACGUCAGUGGCGCCCAUCUAUGGCCUCUACACCUCCUUCUUCCCUGUGGUUCUCUACAUGCUGUUUGGCACAGGACGGCAUGUAUCCACUGGUACCUUUGCAGUGGUGAGCCUGAUGACAGGCUCAGUGGUGGAACAGCUGGUGCCCACCCCUCUACAGCUCAACUCCUCCAGUCCAGAGGCUGCAGACUUUGAGGCCCAGAGGAUUGGGGUUGCCUCCGCUGUAGCCCUACUCUCAGGGAUCAUGAUGCUCUGUAUGUUUGGGCUACAGCUGGGUUUCCUCUCUACAUACCUGUCAGAGCCCAUCGUCAAGGCAUUCACCAGCGCUGCAGCCUUCCACGUCACCAUCUCACAGCUGCAAAGCAUGCUGGGACUGCGGCUCCCCCGCCACACCGGCCCCUUCUCACUCUUCAAGACCCUUGCGUCUGUCAUAGAGAACCUUCCCCAAACCAACAUGGCUGAGCUACUGACCUCCCUGGUGUGUCUGGCCAUCCUGGUACCGGUCAAAGAAGUCAACAUGAGAUUCCGACAGUACCUACGCACACCCAUCCCCGUAGAGAUCCUCACGGUGAUAAUAGCUACAGGAGUGGCCUAUGCUUCCUCUCUGGACUCAAACUAUGACGUUCAGAUAGUGGGACACAUUCCUGCAGGCUUCCCUAGUCCACGGAUGCCUGCCUUGCACAAGUUGCCUGAGAUCGCUGGAGACACGGUUGCCAUUACGUUCGUGGGUUAUGCUGUGUCCGUCUCACUGGCAAUGAUCUACGCAGACAAGCACGGCUACUCCAUCCAACCCAACCAGGAGCUCCUGGCCCAUGGUAUCUCCAACACAGUGUCGUCUCUCUUCACCUGUUUCCCCAGCUCAGCCACUCUGGCCACCACCAACAUCCUGGAGAGUUCUGGGGGAUUCACACAGCUCUCUGGCUUGUUCACCAGUCUGGUGGUUCUGAUAGUUCUACUGCUGAUUGGACCUCUCUUCUACUUCCUGCCCAAGGCAGUGCUGGCCUGUAUCAAUGUCACCAGCCUCAGGCAGAUGUUUCUACAGUUCCAGGACCUUCCAGACCUCUGGCGAGUCAGCAAGAUUGACUUCGUAGUGUGGCUGGUGACUUGGCUGUCUGUUGUGGUCCUGAAUGUCGAUAUGGGUCUGGCUAUUGGAGUGGUCUUCUCGAUGAUGACAGUCAUCUGUCGCACACAGAGGGCUGGGUGUUCCGUGCUGGGCAGAGCGAGCAACACAGAGAUCUACAGACCUUUAGAGAACCACAACAAGUGCUAUGAAGUUCCAGGUGUAAAGAUCCUGACAUACAACGGGCCCAUCUACUACGGCAACCGCAGCUUCUUCAGAGAGGACAUGAGUCGUCUGCUGGGCCUCACCCCAGAGAGGAUCCGCAGUAGAGAGAAGGCCAGGAAGGCCCUGGAGAAGAGGGAAAGAGAGGCUGUCAGCACUGUGGAGAGAGGUGUCGCAAACACAUCAUUUUCAUCUGAGAAUGAGUUCUUUAAAUCUGAAACAGCUGAAAGUGAAGUCCAGGCAGUACUAAUAGAUUGCAGCAGUGUGAUUUUUGUCGAUGUUGCUGGAGCCAGACUCUUCAUACAGAUGUGUAUUGAAUGCCAGAAAGUUGGGGUUUGCAUAUAUUUGGCCAAUUGCAAUGAGAGUGUUCUGAGGAUCCUAACCUCCAGUGGACUGAUGAACUACAUGAACCCACAACACAUCUUUGUUACGGUCCACGAUGCUGUGAUGUACAUUCAACAACAGAAGGAGCAAACUCCAGAAAACACGACUACCGUUUGGGUGUGAGAUGGUUGGUCGGCCAUUUUACACGUCAAGAUGAACUGAUAUGCAGUAACAUGCACGAUACAGACCAGGGGGGAAAACAUCUCUCCCUCUACAAUCGCUGAACAUCAAGGUUUGUUCCUGGUCUAAGACAGGUGCAGUGCUGUGUUAAAUGUGUAUACUAGUAUGCCAUGGUUGGGCUUCAAGAAGGGAGCAGCGUAUUGUAGCAUUUCCGUAUGAAAUGAAGGGUCAAUCCCAGUAUUUUCAAUAAGUAUUUUGAAGGAACAAUACUGAAGAGACUUGCACAAGUGACCACAACGGUGGCAGAGCACGUAUGACACAUAAAGUACGCCUGCUACUCACUGGAAUCCAGGAGAAGAGGCCAAUGAGAGAAGUUUAUCUACUACAAUAACCCUAGUAAACACAAAUAUAUACAUUAUUUGAUUAUUAUCUGUUAAAACAUUGCUUAUUAUAUCUGAAUGCUGGAGAAAUAGUGGCCAACCAUUACUGGUAUUUGUUUUGUAAUUCUGUCAUACAAAAGUGAAUAUUAUUCCGAUGGAUAAAAUGCACUGAAUGCUUUUCUUAAAAGGGAGACAUGUAUAUUCACGUGAAAUAAUGCCUUAUGUGUUGUAAAUGUAUAUUUCUGUGUACUGUACAUUGUGUUUAUAAUGAAAUGCACUGCAGAAAAGGAGUGAAAUUACGUACAGAUACCUGUAUUGUCUGCAACUGUAAUGUCCUCCUGCAGUUUUUGUAAUACUUUUAUUGAGUUCUUUUACAAUAAACAUGCUCAAAAUGUA